CAACUAGGCGCAAUAGGCGGCCGACUAAUUCACCUAGAUGGCAAACCAAUUAGUCGGAGCGCCUAGACAAAAAUCGGGGCGCCCGGCCACCGCCUAGAGCCUAGGCGGGGACUAGUCGGACGCCUAGAACGAUUUUUAGAACAUAGCCUGCGAUAUUGCAAAUAUGAUUCUCACUUUAAUAUUUUUUAAGCUUUUGUACAGCUGAUUGGCAUUUCUGUUACCGGACUCGAACCGGAGUUCCAACCUGUUAUAGACUACCUACUACCGCACAUAGUGUCACACAGACAUGAUGCUUCCAAUUUGCAUCUUCAGGUGAAAACUAUUUCUGUUAGUUGUUGCACAAACACAAUAAAAUUACCUAUUACUGUCCUAAUCAAUGCAUAUAUUUUCCUUUUCAUUUUUAUGUGCUUGUGGAGUUCUGCCACUUUUAGUCCCACGAGUUUCGGUCGACUAUCAUCUUUUGUAACUUUUAGUGCACGAGUUUGAAAUUUUUGCCACACUUUGUCCCUUUUAACAUAAAAAUAUAAUGACUGAUGGCCGUAACAAAAGUAAAUCUGAGACACGUGAUACUUUUGAGGGGUAUUUUAUCUUUAUAAAGAAUGUUCCUUUCAUUUUUCUCUCUUCCAAAUAUCUCAAAAGUCAGAACCAAAUUCUAUCUGACUGCUCAAAGGCUUCAUCAUUAGUAGCACUGGGUUUAGCAACCAGCUCAUACCAACGUUCUCAUUUUCUUUGAUCAAGUCCUACCUUGUACACAGCUGGAUUUUACUGUACUCAUGGAGUGGCUCCAUAACCGAAGUUAAUAUGGGUCCCAUGUGCUUCACGGAUUAGCAGGAAGGGGAAAAAGUCAAACAAAUUGAGGAACUUUAGCAUAUUUCACUAUGGGGUUUAGACAACUCAACAUUAUGUCAUCACCAAUUUCUUCCCCAUGAUUGAGAGGAUUUUUCAAAAUUAAGGAUUUACUAUUUUUUGGCUUGCGAAUAUGAUGAAAUAAAACAAAAUGGCUCAUUAAAUUGUCUGCACUUUAUUAUGGGUCAUCCGGAAACAUUUUUUGUGCCUUUUAGCACAGGGGUAAGCUUGCGUACAUCUGACCCGGUGACCCCCUUACCCCACCGUAGGUGGGAGCCUUUGCGGCACUGGGGUAAUGUUGUUGUUGGUGUGCUGAAAGAGUUCACAGAAACCCAAUAAUAAUUGGAGACUCUGGAGAGCAUAAGUAUGGUUUACCUGGCACAGGAGAGCUUCAUUUUUCUUUCAUGGAAAGAAUUUUUAUUUUAUAAAAAACAAUAAUUACACGAGUGGACUGCGUGGUGGCUAGCCUGACCCUUGAAAUCAUAGCUGGGAUUGGAACCAUCUCAAUAUCCACCACAUUGCAGUAGAGGAUCAUGGAAAUUCUGGUUAUGAACCCUUCAUUUAAUGAGAAGCCACCAAGAAAACUUCUCAGUAAUGGAGCUAGCAAAUUUGGGCGGAUCUGAAGAGAAUUCAUAACUUUCUGUGCGAAGGGUAUGGUCAUCCUCAAAGAUAGAAUAAUUGACCAAAAAUGAAAGUACUUCUGGGACUAUAAGCGGCAAAACUCUUUCAUGUGAAUGGGCACGCAGGUGCAGACACACACAUUUAUUUAUUUAGUAUCAUUUGAUCAUUCAUAAUUUUUUACUAUCCUUGUAUGUCAUAUCCGCCUAACUAUAGUUGCUUCAAGACAUUACAACCAGGCUGGGCCCAUUCCUUCCCCAACUAGAGGCUGAUCUUAGUGGCUUUUCAGAAGCAGCAGAGCAUGGUAUUCGAUUCCUUGCGACACUUGUUGGUCAAUUUUAUCCAAUUCUUCAUGUUGUAAAGGAAAGAGAAGCAACAAGGUUGCCAUGCAACACUCCAGAAACCGAAACUUCUAGGAAUAAUCAGAUUCCAUCAGCUUUGACAGUUUCAUCUAAUUUUGAAGAUCUGUUAACGAAGCAGAUUAUUGGUAAAGGACAUGAGUCAGCUGGUCUAUAUAUUUUGGAUACAUCCAUCACCAAAGGUAUCUCUUGUCUUGGGGUUGGGACUUUGUUAGAUGCUCAUUACCGAUUAGGACAUCCAUCUCUCCCAUUAAUGAAGCAAAUAAAUCCCCAAUUUAAUAAGAUGACCUCUUUACAAUGUGAGUCAUGUCAAUUUGUGAAACACCAUCGUACUAGCUUAGGCCCGCGAGUUAAUAAACGAGCAAAUGCUCCAUUUGACCUUGUUCACUCUGAUGUUUGGGGUGCUUUCCCGGUUGUGUCUAAAGCUGGUUUUAAAUAUUUUGUUACCUUUGUUGAUGACUAUUCUCGUAUGACAUGGUUGUAUUUCAUGAAACGUCGAUCUGAGUUGUUCACUCAUUUCUCUUCCUUUUGUGCUGAAAUUAAAACUCAGUUUAACGUUCCUGUUCGGGUGUUAAGAGGAGACAAUGCCCAAGAAUAUCUAUCUGCUACAUUUAAGUCAUUUAUGCUUCAACAUGGCAUUAUUCAUCAAACUUCAUGCGUUGAUACACCUCCUCAAAAUGGAGUUGCGGAACGAAAGAACCGACAUCUCUUAGAAACUGCAAGGGCUCUUCUAUUCCAAAUGAAUGUGCCUAAACAGUUUUGGGCAGAUGUCGCGUCUACUGCAUGUUUUUUGAUAAAUCGAAUGCCAUCUUCUGUUUUGAAUGGUAAAGCUCCUUAUCAUUGUCUAUUUCCAAACAGAGAGCUUUUUCCUAUCCCACCUAAAAUAUUUGGUUGCACUUGUUUUGUUAGAGAUGUUAAUCCUCAUCUAACAAAGUUAGAUCCGAAAUCAUUAAAAUGUAUUUUCUUGGGUUAUUCUCGAGUCCAAAAGGGGUAUAGAUGUUUUUGUCCGAGUACUGGUCGGUAUCUUGUUUCUAUUGAUGCAUCAUUUCAUGAAAAUACACCUUUUUCAUCAUCCAAGGCAGAUAUUCGUGAGAGUAAUGAUGAUAUUCUCAUUUACACGAUGACUAUUCCCGAGUCCACACUUUCGACAAAUAUUCCACAAGUUACUGUUCAUGACCCUAGGCCUCCCGUACAUUUGGUAUACACCCGUCGACACAAAGCACCUGAUCACCCUCCACCGGCGAUACCUGUGAUUACUUUUCCUGAUACUAGUUCGACUCCGAUCUCAUGUCCUGAACCAGUAUCUGCAUCUUCAGAUCUUGAUUCCACAUCAGAUCUUGAUCUCCCAAUAGCAGUACGUAAAGGUACACGGUCUUGUACUCAUCCUAUUUCUUCAUUUGUGUCGUACAAUCAGUUAUCUCCUGCUUCAUGUUCUUUUAUUGCUUCCAUUGAUUCUAUUUCUAUUCCCAAAUCUGUCAAAGAAGCUUUGUCUCAUCCUGAAUGGCGUCAAGCCAUGGUAGAGGAAAUGAAUGCUUUAGAUCUUAAUGGUACAUGGGAUUUGGUUGACUUACCUACAGGGAAGAAAUCUAUUGGAUGUAAGUGGGUCUUUGCUGUUAAGGUUAACCCAGACGGAUCUGUUGCUCGGUUGAAAGCCCGAUUAGUUGCGAAGGGUUAUGCUCAAACCUAUGGUGUUGAUUAUUCUGACACUUUUUCUCCUGUUGCUAAAUUAACAUCUGUCAGGUUACUUAUCUCACUCGCUGCAAUUCAUGAUUGGCACUUACAUCAGUUGGACAUUAAAAAUGCAUUUUUGCAUGGUGACCUUAAGGAAGAAGUCUAUAUUGAGCAACCUCCGGGAUUUGUUGCUCAGGGGGAGUAUGGUAAAGUUUGUCGACUUCGCAAAUCUCUUUAUGGUCUGAAACAGAGUCCUCGUGCAUGGUUUGGGAAAUUCAGUCAAUCAAUUGAACAAUUUGGAAUGAUAAAAGGCAAAUCAGACCACUCUGUCUUUUACAAACAAACAGAAUCAGGUGUCACAUUGCUUGUGGUAUAUGUUGAUGAUAUUGUGAUUACAGGGAGUGAUAAUGCAGGUAUUUUGGCCCUUAAGAAUUUUCUACAUAGUCAAUUCCAGACGAAAGAUCUUGGCUCUUUGAAAUACUUUCUGGGAAUUGAGGUAACAUGAAGUAAGAAAGGCAUAUUUCUAUCUCAACGUAAAUAUGUACUUGACUUACUAGCUGAGACAGGGAAAUUAGGGGCAAAACCAAGUACAACACCCAUGGUUCCCAACGUGCAACUCACUCAAGAAGGCACACCGUUUGAAGACCCAGAAAGAUAUAGAAGACUGGUUGGAAAGCUUAAUUAUCUCGCAGUCACCCGUCCAGAUAUUGCUUAUUCUGUGAGUGUAGUAAGUCAAUACAUGUCAUCUCCGACCAUUGAUCAUUGGGCUGCUGUAGAACACAUAUUAUGUUACUUAAAGGGAGCACCAGGACGAGGUAUUGUUUAUCAAAACCAUGAUCACAUGAGAAUAGAAUGCUUUGCAGAUGCUGAUUGGGCCGGUUCUAAAGAUGAUCGAAGAUCUACAUCUGGCUAUUGUGUCUUUGUUGGUGGUAAUCUUGUAUCCUGGAAGAGUAAGAAACAGAAUGUGGUUUCUCGUUCUAGUGCUGAAUCAGAAUAUCGAGCUAUGGCACAAUCCGCAUGUGAGAUAAUAUGGAUACACCAUUUAUUGAAUGAAAUUGGAUUGAAGACACCAAUGCCUGCUCAGUUGUGGUGCGAUAACCAAGCUGCUAUACACAUAGCAAACAACCCCGUAUUUCACGAGAGAACAAAGCAUAUUGAGGUUGAUUGCCAUUUUAUUCGAGAGAAGAUACAAAAAGGAUUAAUCUCUACCGGGUAUGUGAAGACUGGAGAACAACUUGGAGAUUUAUUCACUAAAGCUCUAAAUGGGAUUCGAGUUGAUUACUUAUGUAACAAGUUGGGCAUGAUAAAUAUCUAUGCUCCAACUUGAGGGGGAGUGUGAAAGUAUUAUUGUAUCUAGGAAUAUGCUUUAGGAAUAUGCUCUAGAAUAUGCUUUAGGAAUAUACUCUAGACAUUAUUAUUGUAUAGCAUCUUAUAUAGGAAUAUUCCAUCUUUGUAAUAUAUAUAUAUAGGGCCUUAACCCUCUAAUGAAA